CGCUUCGUGAUUCGAUUGUCAAAUCUUCAAACAACGAGACCUCGUCAACGGUUGCGCGGGGCGUUACCCUCUUCUCAACGAAGCUUGAUACAAGAGCCGCAAUCUCUUUGCAAAGAAGAUAUACAGCACUCAUUCAACAAAGGAGAGAAAGAGUCUGCCCGACGAUGGAAGCCCCCCCAACCAGACGACCAUACAAGGGCUCGUGCCACUGCGGCGAGACGCAAUACAUCGUCUUCCUGACGUUCCCGCAUACCCUCCCGCCACCGCGGCCGUCGAAGGAGAAGGGACCUCGGGCGCAUCAGGAGUUCUACCGGUGCAACUGCACGACCUGCCAGAAGGCCGGGUUCUUCCACAUGCGCCUCGCCUCGUCGCCGGACGACUUCCUGCUGCUGAAGCCCCUCGACCCGUACAAGGACCUCGGCGACUACACGGUCUACCAGAAGGACCUGCACUUCCUCUUCUGCAAGGGUUGCGGGAUGAGGUGCUUCAUCCUGAUGGGCCAGGGCGAGGUGGAGGAGGUGGACUUGGAGGCGAUGGGAGUCGAAAGCGGCGGGGGUGACGCGGCGAAGGACGAGGCCAAGGACGGGGCGCAGAGCGGAGAAAGACGCCCGACCAAGGUCUGGAGGCCCAAGAGGGACGGCUGGAAGGAGGGCAAGAAAUUCGGGAGCUACCUGAGCGUCAACGGAUACUCGGUCGACGCCGGCCAGGAGGGCUUCGACCUGCGCGAGAUUACGGAGAACAAGUGGGUUGGCUAUCUCGACUGGCUCGAGCUGCACUCGGAGGGGUCUCAGGGCAUCCGAUUCGAUCGACCCUGGGAGGGCGGCGCUUACUGACACUUUUGCUUGGAUGGUCAGGCCGAGUUUGAAGAUCGGGGACUGAACGUGCUGAAGUGGAGUUGCGUAUGUUCAAACUGGGUAUAUUCAUGAUGAUGCAGGGGGGGCGAUCUCGGGAUCUGAACAAACCCCCCCCUGUUUGCUCUCCUCCUGUGAUGCGUGCAACCGGGGCCCCGGCCGUACCACGGAGUUGGUCUCCGUCGUCGUGUUUGUUAUUUGCUAAAAGUAAACGUCAGCUGAUAGCGUCGAUAUGAGGAGAUUAUGAAGACGGCACUUAUUGCAC